AGGGCUCGUGCUUCUGCCAUCGCAAAUUCUUCAAAAGAACACUGGGCUUAAGAAAAUUCGGGUGAGUAAUCAAUUGAAGUAAAUGAAUCAGAGAUGGGUUCUGUAGCAAGGAGUUUUAAGAUGUGAUGAGAACUCAACAGGAAAGUUGAAGAGUAACACAUUGAGAGUUGAAGAGAUCUCUUUCUUACAGUACAAUGCAUUAACAACACUGAUCAAUUCCAAGUAAAAACUAGUUUAGAAGACUUACAGGUUUCUUCUUACAGAAUCAGAUCUUUGUCAAUCACGAAUUCACAAACGUCCAAUAAGAAGAAAUAAUCGUAGCUUGUGUAAAUCGGUCUUAAUCAGCCGCCCAGUGUACUAAACUUCACAAAAGUCCAAUAAGAAGAAACACAUAAAUGAAAACCAGAAGAAAAACAAAAAAAAAGGAAAGAAACAAAAAACACAAGGCAUUCAUCGUCAUGUUAUAAGUUCGUUGGGAACUAGGCUGUAAAAUGCUCUAUAUUCUCUUGCACACAGAAUUUGAAACAAGGCAGCAUUUAUAUGUACGUUUCUUCACAUUUCUCGUUAAGGAAUUAGCUGCAACCAUGGCCUUCCAUAUUGAUCGAAAGCUGAUGUUUGAAUCUCUUGAUAAUUUCACUGACAAUGCUUGCGACUAUUAUUGCAACCGGAAGGAGUAUUAUGCUGGGAUUUGUCCACCGCAAUGUCGUUAUAGUUGCCCGAGUAUUUGUCUGCUUCCAGAUAUCGGACCACCACUAACACCACAAAAUAUCACAACCGAAGUUCCUCUUUCGCAGUCUUCACAUAAACACAAUGUUUCCAUCUUCUUGAUCCUUCUAUUUUCAUUCUUAGGCAUUGCUUUUUACAUAUUUUAUUCCUUCGUCAUUCACAAAUUCCGCAAGUCAAGAACUUCUUCACAGCAGGAGCAGCAAGUAGUUGUAGUAGAACAAGAAGAAGAAGAAGAAGAAGUGUUUAGUGAUAUUAGAACAGUGGGUCUUCAGCCAUCAGUCAUCAGCGCCAUCAUGAUUUGCAAGUAUAAAAGAGGGGAAGGACUAAUUGAAGGAACAGAGUGCUCUGUUUGCUUGAAUGAAUUUCAAGAUGAUGAAACUCUUAGGAUUUUGCCAAAGUGUAACCACGCUUUUCACAUACCUUGCAUUGACACUUGGCUCAGAUCACACACCAAUUGUCCUAUGUGCCGUGCUGGCAUUGUCAUCACAAUACCCGCCACUGCAGCUUUUAUUGAGCGAAACGUGUGA